AUGCAGGGCCACCUGCUGCGAUGUGCAGUGGAGGCGGCUGCUCGUGAGGCCGUGAGCUCCUGCCGCCAGGGUGGUGCGCCCUGCGCGGCGUGCAGCAUGCUAGAGGGCUUCGAAGCUGCGCUCGAGCAUGCUGGGGAGCAUAUGGGUGUGCAGGGCAAGGCGACCACGGAAGAUGUGCGGCGUGCCCUCCGCUCUAUCGGCCAGCACUCGUUGGCCAAAGAGUGGGAGGCCCACCGGGCGGGCCGCCGCGCGCUGGCUCAUCCUGGGGCUGCCGUGCCUGAGCGCGUGCGUGCUGCGCUAGCCAAGGGUGGCACGCCCCACAUGAUCGACAGCCUCAAGUCCGACGACGGCUUUGUCGGCAAGGGCUCGUUCGUUGACGCGGAGGUGGAGGCGCCUGAGAGUACGCUGGAGGUGGAUAGCCUGACAGCGGACGCGGAUGUAGUGCACGGCGGCGGCGAAUCGUCAGAGGGCGAUGGCACGCUGCUGAGCACGAAAGAGGCGCAGGCUGUUCAGGACUGCGCUGUGGGAGCGGCGGCCGACCAGUUCUUGCCGAAGUUGGGCGGCAAGCUGGUGGUCAACGCCUUAGGACAAGCUGCGGGUCUUGCAGACUGA